AUGGAUGAGGCAGGACAGGAAGGGGAGGGGGCGGGAAGGGAUGUUGAGCAACGCGCAAUUCUAGGUCCCGGUGGUGCGGCAGCAGCUGCUGCUGCACAUCCGCCCCAUCCCCCUCCUCUUCCCCCAUCCCCCGUCCCUUCCACGUACCCCCCUUUCCGCCCCCUAUCUCCCUUUCCCUUCCCUUCCCCCAUACAUCUCUCCCAUCCCCGCAUCCCCUUUUCCCUUCCCCCAUCUCACUUCCUUCCCCACAAUCCCUGUUUCCCUUCCCCCAUCCCCUUUCCCUUCCCCAUCCCCCUUUCCCUUCCCCCAUCCCCUUUCCCUUCCCCGCACCUCCCAUUCCCUUCCCCCAUGCCUCUCUCCCUUCCCCCCAUCCCCCUUUCCCGUUUUCCCGUCCCCCUUUACCUUUCCCACAUCUCCCUUUCCUUCCCUAACACCUCUCUCCCUUCUUCGCAUCCCCCUUCCCUUACCCCAUCUCCCAUUCCCUUCCCCCAUACCUCUCUCCCUUCUCUGCACCCCCCUUUCCAUUCCCCCAUCUCAGGGUACAUUCCGCGCUGGACAUGUCCCAAUCGAAAUUCGGUUCGGAGCGGUAUACUCGAUUGGGACACAUCGACUGGGACAGUGUCCACAGCGGAAUGUACCCUCAGUUUCCGUCCCUGCAAUCCCUAUUUCCCUUCCCCCAUCCCCUUUCCCUUCCCCAUCCCCCUUUCCUUUCCCCCAUCCCCUUUCCCUUCCCUGCAUCCCCCUUCCCUUCCCCCAUACCUCCCUCCCUUCCUCCCAUGA